AUGACAGAUCAAGGAUAUAUUAUGUUAUUCUCACAAUAUUCAUUAUUGACAUUAUCAUCAUAUAUUAGUAUUAUUAAUAUUAUUAUUACUAUUACUAUCAUAAGUAGUACAUAUCAUUCAACUAUAUCAGCGACAUGGAUUUGUUUAAGUCGUGAACAAUUGAUUGCAUUAUCAAAUUCAAAAAAUACUUAUCGUUUUGAAGCGGAAAUCAUUCAAUUAGAUAAACCAUCCGAAUUCAUAAAAGAACAUACUACUGAUAAUGUUCAUAAUAUUGGUUUAAAUGCAUUUGUUAAAAUCAUUAAAAUUUUGAAACAACCACAAAUUAGAAAUCUGUCUAAUUAUCUUCAAAUUAAUGAAUUAGUUUAUGUGAAUCAAAUUAAAUCAAAAGAUUUACAUGAUCUAUCUAUGAGAGAUAUAUCAGUUCACAUGAAUACUGAUAACGAUAAUGAACAAUGUUUACCAAAAUUAGAAAGAGGUAAAACUUAUGAAUGGAUUACAUAUGCUCCAGAAAAUACUAAUAUAUUACAUAAUAUGGGACAAAAACAAUUGAUCUUAAUGCCUGGUGGUAUUUUUCCAUUGUUAUCACAUCAACCCCAAAUACAAUUGGAAUCAAAUAAUGUUAAUAAUUUGAAAAGUAAUGGUUGCUCUAAACGUGAAUGUCGUUUUGGUGCAAUCUGUGAAGAAUGGUUAUCAAAAGACUCUGAUCAACUUAUUGGUGUCUGUGUAUGUCCAACAUUAAUGGAUAUGGCAAAAAAUCAUAUGUGUAAUAUGAAUAGUGGUACAAUAUGUACAGUUAAUGGUUUAUUUUAUUUAAAUGAAUGUGUUAUGCUACAUCAAGCUUGUUUAAAACAAACUGAAAUGAAACCAAUGAAUUUAAAUGUUUUCAGUAGAAUAUUAUCUCAAAAUGAUUGUAGUCAAUUAAUUCAAAAAAUGUCUAUAUCUGCUAUUCCCUCUUCUUCUUUACUCAUCACUAAUGAUCAAUCUCCAACAACAAACAAGAUUAUUUCAUCAUUAAAAUCAAAUGAAAAUUCUAUUCAUCAAAAUAUUCAACAGAUUAAAGCUGAUGAAAAUCUCCAACAUGAUUCACCCCAUUUAUCUCAAUUCAUUAAUCAUUCACCGAUAAUAGAAUUUAAUUCAAUUAAUAAUAAUCAAUAUAAAUGUUCAUUAACAUCAUGUCCCAAUGAAUUAAAUCCUAUUUGUGAUACAGAAGGUACCAUUUAUAUCAAUGAUUGUUUAUUAAAAAAUAUUUUUGUCAAAAAAUCAAUAAUGGUGAAUUACCAAAAAUCAUUUCAUGUAAUUCUACAAUACAAAAAUAUAAACCUAAAGCUGAAUUAUGUGGAAAUGGUAAUAUAUGUCUUUAUGGAGGAAAAUGUUAUGAUCCAUUAG